CGUUCAAGUACUGAAACCGAACCGAUUCUCGGGAUCUCUUUGUGGGUUCUACAUAAUUUAGGGUUUAUCAUCCACACCAAAACCCUAAAUUCGAACAUCUCAAAUUCAUAACUUUGUCCUUAAUUUUCCUGUCACUCUACCCUAAUUUUUCUUUGCAUUCAGUUCAAAUUCAUGUCAUUCUCUAAUUUCUCGUGGAAAAACCCUAUUCUGUAGCUAGACAGCUUCGUAAAGUUGAAUUAAGUGUGUUUCAGGCAUGACUAAGGUGUACGGCACUGGCGCCUACGAUUUCAAGCGCCACCGAGUGGCAGAGUACCCGGUUGAGUUGCCCCAAAACCACUGUGACGUGCCACCGGUGGAGUCAGUACCGGGGUCCGCUCUUCCUAAUUCGAUAACUCUCUCGGAGAUCCAGCAUGAUCGCUUGACGCAGAUUGCAGCUUCUAAUUGGAUGACAACCAACGAUGAGGAGCCGACGAAGCCAUUCGAUCCUGAGCUGGUGAAGGAGAUAUAUAAGACAGAGUUGUUGGUGACAUCUGGCUGGAAGCCUGUGCCUUUGCAACGGGUGAUGAUUUUGGAGGUCAGCCAGUAUUUGGAGAACUAUUUGUGGCCCAAUUUCGAUCCUGAGAUUGCAACGUUUGAGCAUGUUAUGUCGAUGAUACUCAUGGUCAAUGAGAAGUUUCGAGAAAAUGUGGCUGCCUGGAUAUGCUUUUAUGGUCGGAAAGAUGUAUUUAAGGGAUUCCUUGAGAGGGUUCUACGUCUGAAGGAGGGAAGAGGCUUCAGCAUAGCAGAGAAGACAAAUUACUUGGUUUUUAUGAUUAAUGCUUUUCAGAGUUUAGAGGAUGAAAUUGUCAGCGAGACUGUCCUGAGGUUAGCUAGUUUGCAAUCCUGGCACAGUUUGUCAGUUGGACGAUUUCAGAUGGAGCUUUGUCUCAAUCCAGAUUUGAUAAAGAAAUGGAAAAGAAUGCUGAAGAGAGAGGCUAAGGAGGCCGUGAAUCGGGCAGAAAAUUUUAACCCCUCGACGUUGCUGGAAGUGAAAUUUUUGAGAAAGCUUAUUGAAGAGUUUCUAGAUGUGCUUGAUUCCAAGGUGUUUCCUGAAAUUGACGGUGAUGGUGAGCAAGGGGAUAAUGCUUGCGUCUUAUACUGUGAGAGGUUUAUGGAAUUUCUUAUUGAUUUGUUAAGCCAACUGCCAACAAGGAGAUAUUUGAGGCCUCUGGUAGCUGAUGUAGGAGUUGUUGCAAAAUGCCAUUUAAGUGCUCUCUAUAGACAUGAAAAGGGGAAACUUUUUGCACAACUGGUUGACUUGCUACAGUUCUAUGAAGGAUUUGAGAUCAAUGAUCACAUUGGGACACAACUGACAGAUGAUGAAGUUCUCCAAUCUCAUUAUGACAAGUUUCAGGCUUUUCAGCUCUUUGCUUUCAAGAAGAUACCGAAGUUGCGAGAACUUGCUUUGGCCAACAUUGGUUCGAUAAACAAGCGUGCCAGUCUCUCAAAGAAAUUGUCUGUUCUAUCUCCUGAAGUAAGGGAGUUGGUCUGCUGUAAGCUUAAACUGGUGUCAAAGGAAGAUCCAUGGUCUGAUAGAGUUGAUUUUCUUGUCGAAGUUAUGGUUUCCUUUUUUGAAAAACAACAGUCUCAGAAAGAAGCUAUAAACGCUCUUCCACUAUAUCCAAACGAGCAGAUUAUGUGGGAUGAGAACCUGGUGCCAAGCAUCAAUUACUCUGGGGAAGGUUGUUUGGCUCUUCCAAAACUGAAUCUCCAAUUUUUAACACUACAUGAUUAUCUUCUGAGAAACUUCAAUCUUUUCCGUCUUGAAUCUACAUAUGAGAUCCGUGAGGAUAUCCAGGAAGCUGUACCUCAUCUUCUUGCCUACAUUAAUAAUGAGGGAGAAGCUGCUUUUCGUGGUUGGUCAAGAAUGGCUGUGCCAAUAAGAGAAUUUAAGAUCACCGAGGUAAAGCAGCCAAAUAUUGGUGAAGUCAAGCCAUCAUCUGUGACUGCGGAAGUCACCUUUAGCAUUUCAAGUUACAGAUCACAUAUAAGGUCAGAAUGGAAUGCUCUUAAAGAGCAUGAUGUCUUAUUUUUACUUCCUAUUCGACCUUCAUUUGAACCUCUAAGUGCAGAGGAGGCCACCAAGGCUGGUGUGCCGCAGAGGCUUGGCCUUCAAUAUGUGCGGGGAUGUGAAAUUAUUGAGAUGCGUGACGAGGAGGGAACUCUCAUGAAUGAUUUCACUGGAAGAAUUAAGCGAGAUGAGUGGAAGCCACCAAAAGGUGAAAUGAGAACUGUUACUGUUGCUUUAGAUACAGCUCAGUACAACAUGGAUGUCAGUGAUAUUGCCGAGAAAGGUGCAGAAGAUGUUUAUGGUACAUUUAAUGUAUUGAUGAGAAGGAAACCUAAAGAAAACAAUUUCAAAGCAAUAUUAGAAUCUAUCAGAGACCUUAUGAAUGAAUAUUGUAUUGUUCCUGAUUGGUUGCAUAACAUAUUUCUGGGGUAUGGAAAUCCUUCUGCUGCACAGUGGACUAAUAUGCCUGAUCUUUUGGAAGAAGUUGAUUUUAAAGAUACUUUUCUUGAUGCAGACCAUCUGAAAGAGUGUUUUCCGGGUUAUGAGGUUUCUUUCAUAAACAAAGAUGGUUCCGAGAACUUGCAUCCGAGGCCCCCAUUUCGGAUUAGGGUUCCCAGAGAACUGAAAGGAGACGUGCACGCUGUUCCUGGGAAUAAAAGUUCUAGUGUUGAUUCAGUGAAUACUGCCAACAUGGAAGAUGCUGAUUUUCACAAAGAAAAACUUGUUAUCGAGGCAUACAUCCCUCCUGAUCCAGGUCCUUAUCCCCAGGAUCAGCCAAAGCAGAACUCUGUCAGAUUUACUCCAACGCAGAUUGGGGCAAUCAUCUCAGGCAUCCAGCCUGGAUUAACCAUGGUUGUGGGUCCUCCUGGUACUGGAAAAACUGACACAGCUGUGCAGAUAUUGAAUGUCCUCUAUCACAAUUGUCCGUCACAGAGAACGUUAAUAAUCACUCAUUCAAACCAGGCGCUGAAUGACCUUUUUGAGAAGAUAAUGCAGAGAGAUGUACCUGCGCGCUAUCUGCUUCGUCUGGGUCAAGGUGAACAAGAACUCGCAACUGAUCUUGACUUCAGCAGACAGGGUCGCGUAAAUGCGAUGCUUGUUCGACGAUUGGAAUUGCUUACUGAAGUGGAGCGGCUUGCAAGGUCUCUCCUACUACCUGAGGAUGUAGGAUAUACUUGUGAAACAGCUGGAUAUUUUUGGUUACUUCAUGUAUAUUCACGAUGGGAGCAAUUCCUUGAUGCAUGCAAGGGAAACAGAGAUAAACCAACCUUUGUCCAAGGCCGAUUCCCAUUCAAAGGGUUCUUCUCCAAUACUGCCUGGCCUGUUUUUAUGGGUCAGUCAUUUCAGGAAGACAUGCGAGCUGCUGAAGGGUGCUUUCGUCAUCUUCAGAUCAUGUUUCAAGAGUUAGAAGAGUGUAGGGCAUUUGAAUUGCUCAAGUCAACGGCUGAUCGGGCAAAUUAUCUUAUGACGAAGCAGGCAAAGAUAGUGGCAAUGACUUGCACACAUGCAGCUCUUAAGAGAAAGGAUUUUCUUCAGUUAGGUUUCAAAUAUGACAACUUGUUGAUGGAAGAAAGUGCUCAGAUACUGGAGAUUGAAACUUUCAUCCCAAUGCUGCUUCAAAGACAAGAGGAUGGUCUUGCGCGGCUGAAGCGCUGUAUACUAAUUGGUGAUCAUCACCAGUUGCCUCCUGUUGUGAAGAAUAUGGCAUUUCAGAAAUACAGUCAUAUGGAUCAGAGUUUAUUCACAAGGUUUGUUCGUUUAGGUAUACCUUAUAUUGAGCUUAAUGCCCAGGGUAGAGCCAGGCCAAGCAUAGCCAAACUUUAUAACUGGAUGUACCGAGAUUUGGGAGACCUUCCCUAUGUAAAGGAGGAAGCAAUCUUCCAUAGGGCAAAUACUGGAUUUUCCUAUGCAUAUCAGUUGGUGGAUGUGCCUGAUUACCAUGGGAGAGGAGAGACUGCACCUUCUCCUUGGUUUUAUCAGAACGAGGGGGAGGCCGAAUAUGUAGUCAGUGUCUACAUAUAUAUGCGGUUGCUAGGGUAUCCUGCAAGUAAGAUAUCCAUUCUGACAACUUACAAUGGCCAAAAACUUCUGAUUCGCGAUGUUGUCAGGAGAAGAUGUGUUGCUUACGACUUCAUUGGUCCACCCAAUAAGAUCUCAACAGUUGAUAAGUUUCAAGGUCAGCAAAAUGAUUUUAUUUUGUUGUCUCUCGUGCGUACUCGCUUUGUUGGUCACCUUCGUGAUGUUAGAAGAUUGGUUGUUGCCAUGUCUCAUGCCCGACUUGGCCUGUAUGUGUUUUGCCGACGUUCUCUCUUUGAGCAAUGCUAUGAGAAGCAACCUACUUUCCAGCUUCUGCUUAAGAGACCUGACCACCUUGCCCUCAAUCUGAGUGAAGUUACACUGUACACAGAGCGCCAUGUUGAUGAUAUUGGAUCUGUUCAUCUUGUUAGCUGUGUUGAGGAGAUGGGCAGCAUUGUUGAAAUGAAUCCAUUGUAUCAGGCACAGAUGUUGAGAUAUCAUUUUAAUCAUUAUGUGGCCUAUGCGGGAGAAGCUGCUCCAUCGACAGGUCCCUCCAAGGGGCAAGAAAGCAUUCACAAUUCUACGCCCAAUAUGCAUGUAGACACAAAUAGUUCAUUGGAUAAUUUGAGUGCUGAAAGCCUGCCAGAGGAAGCUACAAAGAUGGAUGGCCUUACAAACGGUGAAGAUCUGCCUUCCGGGAGUCCACCAAAUAAUGUAACAAGUGCGGAAAAUGAAAGGCCACCUGAAGGUGAUCUCAGUGGAGAAACAAUGGAGGAGUAGUUGAUUACACAUGCAGGCGACAAGUUGAAUCCUUGUUUAACUUAGAUAGGCCACUGCAGUAGUGGUGGCCGCAAUUAUGCUGUAAUUUAAGGAUACAGUGAGUUGGUCCUUGAAGUCCAGUGCGGUGCACUUUGUUAUAGCCGUAAUCAUCAUUCGUUUGAUGAUUCAGUACAUCAUCUGCCAAAACCGGAUGGGUUUCUGGCUUACAGCUGUGCAUAGACAGUUGUAGAAAAGUGAAAACUGAUUCUGAAAUCAUAAUUUCCAGUGUUGUCUUAGUUCUGUUAAGGAAUUUCUCUUUUUUCCAAUACAACUGCUGUUUUUACCUUGUAUGAUUACCAGAUUAUAAUUGAUUGAAGAUGCUCCGCUAGAGAAGCCAAAGCUUA